UGUGACAGAUAUUUUCCAGCCCCCGCUGCAUUUUAAAUCUUGCAGCAUAGAUGUAAACUACAAUUCCUCUGUAUGAGAAACAAACUCCUGUGACAAAUGAUCUUGUCAAAUCCUCAGACAGCAUGUCAAGGGAAAGUACAGGGUGCUCUGCCGCCAAUUAAAUCCAAAUUGAAGUCUUGUGAAAACAGUUUGCACGUCAGGAUCAACGCUGCCUUGGCCCUAAGUAUUCCUACUCAUCGCAGUUGCUAUGGCGACAUAGACCGGUUCUGUUUAGUCUGGUCCAGCAUCGUCCAUGCUCUAGAGGUGAUUGACCAGGUGGCGGACGUCUCAGAACUCAAAUACAAAGACACUCUGCGAGAUCAGCUUUGCCAAACCCUCACCCACCUAGGGGGCCUCAUCGGUCAAGAUGACCUUUCACCUUUGCAUAAACUUAUGAAGGACCGGACUGACAUGUUGGAGUCCCAUCUCAGCCGAUACAGAGGGGCAAAACUGACGACAGUGGACGAUACAAGAGGUGCAUUGCUCUCCGCAGCCUCCGUUCAUCUUCAGGACUUGAUGAACAUCAAGGACAUCACGGCGGAAGACCGAAACUGUGCAGCCCAGCUAGUCAGGAUGUUUGCAGAGCCUUGAAGAAAGCACCUCACGGAGAAGUUUCCUUGGAGUUGAGCUUAAAGGUCUGGGAACAAUUGCGUGGCGCUGAUGAACACUUAACAGAAAACAAAGCAUUAAUGAUAAGCAAACAGAUUUUCUUUAGCAGAUAUUAUUAAGUGAGAAACCAGUUCCAAUCAAUGCACAUUUAAUUAUGAUUUUGUUGGCAACAUUUUCUACCUGUCUAGCAACUCUAUAACAUACCCCCAGAUUAUUGCACUCCAGUGCAGCGAUCCCAGGGGGCGGGGACAUGUUCCACUAAUAAUUUUUGUGCGGACAAUGCCAAACCCCCUAAUAGAGUUUAACCAAAUGUAACUAAAUUUGUACUGUACUUUUCCCCAAAAAUUUCACAUAACCGCGUAAAUUCGUAUGUAUAUGUAUAUAAUUAUGUGUGCAAACAUGCAUCUUUGAACAGGGCGCUCCCUCUAUCCGGUUCGUUAGUGUGACGUCACUUCAGUUUAUACCACGCCCACUGCCCAUUGAACCGGAAGUUAACGCAACUUACGUGUUUAUCCAAUGGGCGCUAGUAAUCAGUGGUGCGCGCGCGU